AAUUUCUCCUUUUUCACACACAAAUGGAUGUCUAAUCUAUUUUCUUCUCUUCUUCCCCCUUUUCUUGGACCAAAAAUCAAAGGACAUUAUCUACUUCUCUCUUUUACUCACUAAUUUCAGCUCUUUCUCAAGAUUUCUAUACAAAAAAUUUCAAAAUAUUACUAUAGAGAAAUCCCAUUUUUGUAACUAGCCAAAAUCUUUGGUAGUCGUAACUGUAUAUGCAUAAUGUUGCAACGUCAUUAGGAUAUAUCCUUCAUAUAUAUUUGCUAUUUUCAUCUUCAACCUUUGACCAUGCUACACUAGGUCAACUACAUAUUUGACCCUUAUAGUAUUCUUACUAAUUACCAAUAGUAAAUUUUUCAGUCAUAAUAGUAGAGAAGUUGUUCCAGUUCACCUCAAUAUAAGGGUUUUUCUGACUCUUACAUAAUAAGAUUUUACAAAAAUAACCAUAAGAUCUGAUAAAGUUGUUAUAACUUAGGGUAUAUCUGUUUUCUUGCUCGUUAGCGCUUGACUCAUCAUAAGAUAGAAAGAACAUUUCUCGCUUAUUUAGUAUACUAUAUUUCCCAUGGAUUUUGUGAGAGCAAAAGUCAAUGUAACUUCAAGAAAUAUUAUUCCCAGCAAAAGUACUGAUCUCUCAAACACUACUGUUAUUCCCUUCUCAGCUCCUCCAUUAAGUCGAUAUGAGAAUCAGAAACGUCGAGAUUGGAACACUUUCUGUCAAUACUUAAGAAACCACCAUCCCCCAUUGUCGUCGUUUUCUCUUUGCAGCAGUGUUCACGUCCUGGAAUUUCUUAGGUACUUGGAUCAGUUCGGAAAGACCAAAGUUCAUAACCAAAAUUGCCCAUUUUUCGGUGUGUUGAAUCCUCCAUCGCCAUGCCUUUGUCCUUUAAGGCAAGCUUGGGGAAGUCUUGAUGCGCUUAUAGGGCGUCUUCGAGCUGCUUACGAAGAACAUGGAGGGAAUCCAGAAAUGAAUCCGUUUGGGACUCGAGCAGUUAAGCUUUUCUUACGUGAUGUUCGUAGUUUUCAGUCUAAGUCCAGAGGGAUUAGCUAUGAGAAGAAAAGGAAAAGAUCAAGAAAUCAGAAGAUAGUAACAGUGGGAGAAGUUCAGUCAAAUAAUACUUUGCCUAGAGUUUAAUUAAUUACCAUAAUAUAAGAAAAUGAUAGUAGGACAAUAAUGUAAAAUUCUAAUCAGAACAUGGUUUUGCAUGUCUUCUACUUUUCAUUUGAAAGGUAGUUUUGAUACAGUUUAGUACUCUAUAUAAUGCUCUUUUGUCGUUGUUGUUGUUGUUA